GCGGUUGUUAGCCAGUAUGCUUACACCUCAAGUGGAGUGGGGACAGAAAAAGGAUACGAUCUUUUUGGGCGUACAACUAAUCAACGUAGAUCCCGACUCUGUUCGUUUAGACUGGACAGAGAAAUCGCUUAACUUUGAAGCUACCGGAGAGGGAGCAAAGGGCCUUGAUCAGUAUGGCAUUCAGAUUGACUUUUGUGAGGAGAUUGACGCAAAGAAAUGUUCGUACAAAAUCAGAGCACGUGAUGUACACAUUACAAUACCAAAGGCAAAAGCUGGUGAUUGGCCUCAUCUGACAUCACAAUCAAAGUCUCCUCAUUGGCUGAAGCUCAAUUUUGAUUUGCUGGUUGUGGAAGAAUCUGAAGAGGAAGAAGUGGAGGUGGAGGAAGAAAGUGAGGAAAUUAAGAAGUUGAGAAAGAAUGCACGAGUUAUUGAUGCUAAUACGAAUUUGAAGGAGGAGAUAGAAGCAGCUAAGAAAGACAUGUUUCGACUUUUCAUCAAAUGCUAUCUUGCUGUCUACAACACCGUUCAAUGGCUGAUAUACACCACAUUUGCGGUUAUUUUUAUCAUCCGGCUAAUCUUUUACGGCCAAGAUUCAAUCUCAGGCACAUACAAUGCCACUGACCCUCUAAUGACGAUUGGUCAAGGCAUGGCUUUCUUGGAAAUUCUACACCCAGUUUUAGGGUUUGUCAAGACUGGAGUUGUGGCUCCAUUGAUACAGGUGGCAGGCAGAAACUCUGUUCUGUUUCUCUUCAUAACGCCAUUCAAAGAGAUGCACACAAAGUGGACAGUCGCCUUUCUGUUGUUCGAUUGGGCAUUAGCAGAAUUUGUGAGAUACCCAUAUUAUGCUCUAUCAUCGUUUAAUGCCAAGAGAAAGUGGAUUACUUGGCUGCGAUAUUCGUGUUGGAUGGUGCUUUAUCCAAUUGGGUUUGUGUUGGAAGGUGUUGUUGGGUAUCAAUCAUCAGUUUACAUGCAACAAGUGGGUUUUCUCAGUCUACAGCUCCCCAACCCUCUCAACUUCACAUUCAGCUUAUGGCCAUUCGCUGCCAUGUACCCUUUCUUGGUCGCAAUUGGCGGACCAUUGAUGUUUGCACAUAUGUGGCGUCAACGAAGGGAACGAUUAGGACAAACAUCAAAAAGGAGAAAAGUGAAACAGAAUUGAACGACUGAUUGACUGACAUUGUGUGUGUGUGUGUGUGUGUGUGUGUGUGUGUGUGUGUGUGUGUGUGUGUGUGUGUGUGUGUGUCUGCUGCCCAUCAGUUGAUGUGUAGUGAAGCAACAGUGUGCAACACAGAAUAAUUGAAUUCAAUGGCUGAAGAGGCGAGACUCAUGAGACGCACUGUAGACAGAGAAAAUAACUUUGCAUUAAUAUUAACAAGCCACUGUCAAGUCUGCAGAUAUAAAUCUAUAAAAAUGUCACCAUUUUAUAUUA